AUGGACGACAGUGCUGACGUCCAUCGAGCGCAAUGCGACAAUCUCAAGCCCACCGUCACCGUGCGCCCUCCGCUGUCGCGCUCGAUUUCGGCAGUGAACAACCACAACAAAGGUAUCGUUGUCUUUUCUGGAGGCAGCGCCGCCAACAAUCUCGUCGACGUUUUCGAGGAGAUACGGCUUGUCAAUGCCAGCACCCUCAGUUAUGUGAUACCUAUCUCGGAUAAUGGUGGUUCUUCCAGUGAGCUGAUCCGUGUAUUUGGAGGACCAGGCAUUGGUGAUGUGCGGUCACGGCUUGUGCGGUUGAUUCCUGACGAUAACGAUGAGGCGAAGGCCAUCAAGAUAUUCUUCAAUUAUCGCUUGCCACGCGCGUAUGAGCCUGCUCGAACAGAAUGGCUUGACAUAGUCGAAGCCAUACAUCCGUUAUGGCGUGAUAUUUCCGUGCCAAAGAAAGAGCUCAUUCGAAGUUUUUUGAGCUGCAUGAAUCUCGAAAUUGCGAAACGUAUACGGCCCUCGAGCAGGUUCGACUUCACUGGGGCUAGCAUAGGCAAUCUGUUUUUGACAGGCGCGCGUCUUUUCACUGGCAGCUUUGAAGCUGCAGUGUAUUUGCUAUCCAGCAUCUGUGCUGUGCCAUCCUCGGUCGUCGUUCUACCAGUAUUGAGCUCGAACUUCGCCCACCACAUUGCUGCCGGCUUGGCUGACGGAUCAGUUAUCACUGGACAGAAUGACAUAAGCCAUCCUAGCGUACCUACUCUAGCUGUACCUCAAAGUGCAAUCUCUCCUUCUGCUCGCUCGAGGAUGCCGGGCGAGGAGCAAGAUGCAAUCGAAGAUGCAAACCUUCCGGGAACUUUGGCAACCCUUCGGAAACCUGCCAUUGCAUUUUCGAAGUCAGAGGAAGAAGAGCUUCCAUCGAGGAUCGACAGACUGUGGUACAUAAACCCGUACGGUCAAGAGAUCACUCUCCCAGCGAAUCCGCGCGUGGUUGAUGCAUUGAAGAAAGCUUCUUGUGUCAUAUACAGCAUCGGAUCCCUUUUCACUUCUAUAAUACCUUCCUUGGUCUUGAAGGGCGUCGGCGACGCGGUCUCGUCAACUAACAUUCGGAGUAAAAUCUUGAUACUCAACGGCACGAUUGAUCGGGAGACUGGUCCAUCUUCAAGCCCAUUUACUGCUUUGGACUUUGUGGCCGCGAUAGCCAAUGCUUGUGCUGAAUCCAGGUCUCUACCUAGACCAACGUCCGAACAGUACUUCCAUUAUGUGACUCACGUGAUAUAUCUGGAUGGACCAACGUCACCAAAACUCGAUAGAGAUGCAUUCGCUCAAAUCGGUAUCGAUACUCUUCGACUGUAUGGAAGAUGGGACGAGAAGGGUAAAGUUGGUCGUUAUGAUGCGAAGGCAUUAACGCAAGCAUUGGAGGCUAUCGUUGGUCGAAAGGACCCUCGAGGCGAUCGCACACGACGAAACACCUUGAUCACAUGA